AUGCCCACACUGUACGUCGGCACAUAUACCCGCAAAGAAGCGCACGUCGACGGCCACGCAAAGGGCAUCUACGCCUACUCGUUCAACGACGUCACGGGUGCCCUUAAACUGCUUCACGUCGCCUCAGACGUAGGCACGAACCCGUCGUACGUGGUCGGGACCGCCUCGACGCUCUACGUCGUGAACGAGUGCAACGCCGCGUCAACGCUCUGUCCAAACGCCGUGACGGGGUACGUCGCUGCGUACGCCACGAGCCCGAACGGCCACUUGACGCCCCUUAGUCGCCACGAAACGGGCGGCGCCUACGCCUGUCACGUCGCCCUCAGUCCGACCAACGACUUUGUCUCCGUGGCCAAUUACGCCGGCGGGUUGUCGCUCUUCCCCGUGCACGCAGACGGGUCGUUGGCCCCGGCGUCGGCCCACUGCCGCCUCGAGGGCGCGAGUUGCGUCCGUCCGGACCGACAAGAGGCGUCGCACAUCCAUAGCACAGUGUGGACGUCCACGGGGCUCCUCGCGGCCGACUUGGGCACAGACGCUGUCGUGCAGUACACACUGAAUCGACGCGACCAGCGGCUCGAGCGCCAAGGGCUCAUUCCGUGUCUUCCGGGCGCGGGGCCCCGUCACAUGGCGCUCUCGCUCGAACUCGGCGUGUGCUACGUGCUCAACGAGUUGGACAAUACCGUCUGCGUGCACGCGCUCGACGCUGCGACAGGAGCGCUCGCGCACGAGGCGCUGCAGGUCGUCUCGACGCUGCCAACAGACUACAACGGACCGCCUCCGCUCGCGUCGGACAUUCACAUUGCCCCGAGCAACAAGUUCGUCUACGCGGCCACGCGCUUUAGCGACACUAUUGCCAUCUACCGGAUCCGCCCCGACACGCGGCUCGCGCUCGUGGACAUUGUGCCGACGCGCGGUGCAACGCCACGCGAUAUCCUCUUGUACAGAGACUUUUUGCUGGUGGGACAUCAGGACUCGAACAGUCUAGACGUCUUCCGUGUGGAUGCCGACACGGGGCGCGUCACGUACACGAACCACUCGAUCGAGUGCCCGUCGCCCGCGUGCAUGUUCAUAGCCGAGUAA